AUGAAAUUUGAAAAUCUACUUGGACAACACGGAACUGCUGUCGCAAAACGACUUGGCUGGAAGCAAGGUAGCGAUGAGGAAGAAACAUGGUCGAAGAAAGCGAUUGAAAGCUUAAUGAAAAAAUUACAAAAGCACAAUAAGGAAGCACUUGGAAAUUUAGAGCUGGCUUUGCAAGCUGAAGGCAAGCAACCUACUGAGUGUGUUACAAUUCCACGCUCUUUAGAUGGCCGUCUGCAGAUCUCUCAUCGUAAAGCGCUUCCUCAUGUCAUAUACUGUCGAGUAUAUCGAUGGCCAGAUCUGCAAUCUCACCAUGAGUUAAAAGCAAUUGAUGAAUGUAAAUACUGUUAUGAAUCUGGACAAAAAGAUGUUUGUAUAAAUCCGUACCACUACAAGCGCGUUGAAAACGCCGGUAUUUUACCACCAGUAUUAGUCCCACGAUACUCCGAACAUCCUCCAGUCCAGGAUCCGCGUUAUGUAACUUCGAUGAAUGUGCCAAUGCCUUCAUUUUCUUUAGAUAAUCCGCCUUCAAAUAUAGUUUAUGGUUCUCCCUACAGCAGUUAUGGGUAUGGGAAGGGUGAAGAGAUGGAUACUGGAGGACCGCUGCUUGCUACAAGAGUGCCAACGGUACCAGUUUCUUAUGAAGAACAAGAGCAGUGGGCAACCAUAACGUAUUUUGAAUUGAACACAAGGGUGGGAGAACCAUUUAAAGUAUCAUCACCAACGGUUGAAAUCAAUGGAUUUACAGAUCCAACAAGCAACACAAAUCAGAUUUGUCUUGGGGUCCUUGAAAACGUUAACCGUAACCCUCAAAUCCAAACAACGCGCGGUUAUAUAGGCAAAGGAGUCAAAUUAACGUAUGUGCCGAUACAAGGAGUGCUUUUUGCUGAGUGUCUUAGUGAUAAUGCUGUUUUCAUUCAAUCAUUAAACUGUAAUUGUUUUAACGGGUUUCACCCCUCAACAGUGUGCAAAAUAACUAAUGGAAUGUCGUUGAAGAUCUUUGACCUUUUGACAUUUAAAAAGCAACUCGAUAAGGCCAUGAAGGAGCCACAUUCGUUUGAUUCCGUUUACGAAUUGACAAAGAUGACAAUUAUACGCAUGUCAUUUGUGAAAGGAUGGGGGUCAGAAUAUCACAGACAAGAUGUUACAUCUACCCCUUGCUGGACUGAAAUUCAUCUUCAUGCUCCUUUAAAGUGGCUCGAUAAAAUACUCUCCAAAAUGGGACAGUCAGCAAAUCCAAUUUCAUCGUUGUCCUGA